AUGGGCGAAUCAAAUUCCACUGAGAUCUAUGUUGAAUAUCAAUUCGUAACCUCAGAAGUACCAGGCGGUUACUUUGGAACACAGUACAAAGACUAUUUCAGUGUCACUGUUCCUUCCAGCACAGCAGCUAAAACUAAUCUAACGAUGCCCGUCAGACAAGAACCAGAAUCGAUUCAAAUUGAUAUCGGUGUUUCAAAUGUUGCGGAUGCUGCAUUUCAAUCACGAUUGAAUGUUGAUCAAUAUGGGUCAGAUGUAUGUGAUGAGUGUAAGGAGAAUUAUGAUAUAUGGAAAUUAGAUCCAAUGUGUUCACCAAGCUGCCAAAAUCCACCAAUGAAAAGUUUUGAUUUCUAUCUUAAGUGUAUGGAAGCAAAAGCACCGUGCGGACCAAGUGGUUAUGCACAGAGUUAUGGACUUGUCUACUGUACAAAAUUCGUCAAUGGGCUUAGUGAGUUCAGUGUACAAGGGCAAA